AUGUCUAGUGAUAAUUUCAAUUAUAAGAAACUCCUCCCCCGUGCAAAUGCACCUGUUCUAGUCCGUGCCCAGCAGAAGGACACCCUCUUUGAGGAUGAACUUGCCCAAAGGCUCUCAAGGUUACUCAAACCAAACCCAAGAAACACCACUACUCGGGGGACCGGGAUACAACCACCAUCACCUUCUCUUGUGGCCCGAGCCAUUCAUUUGUGUGCUACAGUCGCCGUUGGGGGGAGAACACUUGGUGACGAAUAUGUCGGCACAACACUUGUCUCAGGUAAGAGAUGGCUCUAUGUGUUGCUCGAGCUGGUGCUUUGUUACUUGCACACAGCAAACAAUGUCUCUCUCUUAAACACAGUCCUUCUCCUCCACCGCAGUCUCUUUUACUGGACUGGCCAAUACCGGUCGCUCUCUCUGAGAUUGGCAGCAGUUGAAUACGCAAACACUAGUAUGUCCACUGCUGCCACUACAAACACGUAUCCGUUGUUGGGGAUACUCUGUGCAGCAGAGGGACUUCGGGAAUGUAUUGCUCUCUAUUCAGGAAACAAGAAACCCAAAUACAGCACAUCUACUGCCAUCGACAGCACUAGAUUGGACAAUACCCAAUUACAAAUACAACAAUAUACACAGAACACAUGCAGAUACGAGUUUCUCGGCUCGUGUCCUCUCUGUAUGGAUAUAAUGGUCCAUCCUUGUGCAGCCCAAUGUGGACAUGCAUUCUGCUGGAAUUGUGCACAUGAAUGGGCUAAUAGGAACAACUCCAUUAUACCAAAAUGUCCAGUUUGUCGAGCCCCUUUCCCACAACGUGAACUUGUUGUUCUUCGGUAA